CAACAAGAUUUGGUCUGGGAAACUGUUCCAGAAAAACCUUAUCUUUUACCUGUAUUAUAUAUAUAUAAACAGUUUCUUAACUGGUAUAAAUUCGUGCAAUCUUUGACAUCUUUCCCGUUUUUGACGCGUAUUAACGGUGUAAAGACUGUACUGAAGAAGAAAUCAAUUCAAAAGGACGAGUUUUGAUCAAGAAACGAGUUCUCGUUGAUUUAUCUUUAGAACAAAGAGCCAUACUAGGAAAACUUUCCUUUUUCUAGGACUGUUGCAUUUAUCUUUUAGAGAUACCGCAAUUCGUUCAGGGUAUAAUUCAUACAUCGUCUUUUCUGACUAAGCUUUUGCGGAAUUACCCUGCAUUAUAAUUACUCCUCAUUUUCAAAUCACGAUCUUUACGUUCAUCUAGUUUUAUUGUAUAAUCAUGGUUGAGACUGGUUAUGCAUCUCCUCACGUUCAUCAAUCGGUGAGAUCGUUGGCUUUGACUUAUGCCCAUCUUUGUCCAUCUAUUUUAAUUCCUUCUUCACAAUACCUUUUGGCUGCUCAAAUACGUGAUGAGUUUCAAGCUAAAUAUGUAGCUCCAUCUGCUGAUGCUGUCGAAAAAGAAGGAGCUGAAUUAGAAUUUGAACAUGAGCUUCAUUUAGUCGCCCGUUUUCUGGGUUUGGUCGCAUCAAAAGAAGAAAAAAGCUCGGGUCAGUAUAACCAACUUUUGAAUACCAUUACCCUUGAGUUUGAACGUACGUUCUUAGCAGGAAACGAAGUCCAUGCUGUUGUCCAUAAUGUGGGCUUGAGUGUUCCAGCGCAAAAAGAUGUCGUUUGCCAUUACUAUCGUUCUAGAGCUUUAACUGGAAGAGGCAUGAAAUUCCACGGUUCCGCUAUGUUGAAUGACCCUUCAGUCAAGUUGGCUGCCAUUUUUGGAGGCCAAGGAUAUGAAGACUACUUUGAUGAAUUAGCCGAGCUUUAUGAAGUCUAUGCUCCAUUUGCUUCGGAACUUGUGCAAACUCUCUCUAAAUUCCUUUUUUCUCUUGUACAAAAUGAACAAGCAUCUAAAGUGUACUCUAAAGGACUCAAUGUACUUGAUUGGCUCGCUGGCGAGCGACCAGAGCGUGAUUAUUUAGUUACUGCUCCUGUCUCCCUUCCUUUGGUAGGUCUUACUCAGCUUGUCCAAUUCUAUGUCACUGCUCAAAUUUUGGGUCUUAAUCCCGGUGAACUCGCUUCUCGUUUUACCGCUGCUACUGGUCAUUCCCAAGGUGUCAUCGUUGCGGCUGCUGUUUCCGCUUCUACUGAUGACGAGUCUUUCAUUGAAAAUGCAAAGGUAGCUUUAACUACUCUUUUCUGGAUUGGCGUUCGCUCCCAACAAGUCUUUCCUACCACCACUCUUCCUCCUUCCGUAGUUGCAGAUUCUGUCGCCAACUCCGAGGGUAAUCCUUCUCCCAUGUUGGCUGUUCGUGAUCUUCCUUUAGAAAUUUUGAAUAAGCACAUUAAAAUUACGAAUACCCAUCUUCCAGAAGAUAGAAGAGUUUUCCUCAGCCUUGUUAAUGGUCCUAAAAGCUUUGUUGUCAGCGGUCCCGCUCGUUCUCUAUAUGGUUUAAAUCUUUCCCUUCGUAAAGAAAAGGCAGAUGGUCAAAACCAAGCUCGUAUACCCCACUCUAAAAGAAAACUGCGCUUUGUUAAUCGUUUCCUUAGCAUCUCUGUUCCUUUCCAUAAUGCAUACCUUGCCCCUACUCGCUCUUUACUUGAAAAAGAUUUGAAGGGUAUGGAAUUAUCUCCUCUUAGAUUUCCUGUAUAUUCUACCGAUGAUGCUAGUGACCUCCGUUCUGAACAUCCAUCUAACUUGCUUAUGGCCCUUUCUGUAAUGAUUACCGAGAAAGUUGUUCAUUGGGAGCAAGCUUGUAGUUUCCCAGAGGCUACCCAUAUCGUUGACUUCGGUCCUGGUGGCGUUUCUGGUGUCGGCUCUUUUACCCGUGCUAACAAAGAUGGUCAGGGUAUCCGUGUCAUUGUUGCUGAUGCUUUCGAUGCCUUGGAUCUUGGCUCCAAGACUGAGUUAUUUGACCGUGAGAUCAAGUCUGUAAAGUUUGCCCCUAACUGGGUAGAUCUCUACAAGCCUAAACUUAUAAAGAAUAAGCUUGGUCGUGUAUAUGUUGAAACUAGACUUUCAAAAAUGCUUGGCUUGCCUCCUCUAUGGGUUGCUGGUAUGACUCCCACUAGUGUUCCCUGGGAUUUUUGCUCUGCCAUCGCUAAAGCAGGUUACGCUUGUGAACUCGCUGGUGGUGGUUACUUUGAUCCUAGAAUGAUGCGUGAUGCUAUUCAUAAACUCUCCUUGAACAUCCCUCCCGGUGCAGGAAUUUGUAUCAAUGUUAUUUACAUCAACCCUCGUAGUUUUGCAUGGCAAAUUCCCUUGAUUCGCGAAAUGGUUGCUGAGGGUUACCCCAUUCGCGGUGUUACUAUUGCUGCAGGUAUCCCUUCUUUGGAAGUAGCUAAUGAAUUGAUUGAAACCUUAGGUGUUGAAUAUAUCGGUUUGAAGCCUGGAUCCGUCGAAUCUAUUAAUGCUGUUAUAAACAUCGCAAAGGCUAAUCCUACCUUCCCUAUUGUUAUGCAAUGGACUGGUGGUCGUGCCGGUGGACACCACUCUUUCGAGGAUUUCCAUGCUCCUAUCUUACAAACUUAUUCUGCUGUCCGCCGCUGUGACAACAUCGUCCUUGUUGCCGGUAGUGGUUUCGGUGGAGCUGAUGAUACUGAACCUUACUUGACCGGUGAAUGGAGCACCGCAUUCAAGCUUCCUGCUAUGCCAUUUGACGGUAUAGUAUUCGGUUCGCGUCUCAUGGUUGCUAAGGAAGCUCAUACUUCUUUCAGUGCCAAAGAAGCAAUCGUUGCUGCACCCGGUGUUACUGAUGCUGAAUGGGAAAAAACAUAUGAUGGCCCUGCUGGUGGCGUUGUUACAGUUAUGUCUGAGUUAGGUGAGCCAAUUCACAAGUUGGCUACUCGUGGUAUAAUGUUAUGGAAAGAGCUUGACGAUACCAUUUUUGCUCUACCUCGUCCCAAGCGUGUUCCUGCUUUGCUUGCAAAGAAGCAGUACAUUAUUAAGCGUUUGAACGAUGAUUUUCAAAAGGUUUAUUUCCCUGCUCGAAUUGUUAGACAAUUGUCCCCUGAGAAGCUUCAAUUUGAAGCAGUUGAUGGUGUUGAAGAAAUGACUUAUGCUGAAGUUUUAUACCGUACCAUCGACUUGUUAUACGUUACAAAAGAGAAGAGAUGGAUUGAUGUUUCGUUGCGUACCUUUACCGGUAACUUGAUGCGUCGUAUUGAAGAGCGUUUCACCAAGGAACUCGGCAAGCAUACCCUUAUCGAAAACUUCGAAGAUUUGAAUUGCCCAUACCCCGUGGCUGCUCGUUUCCUUGAAGCAUAUCCUGAAGCUAAUCAACAAAUCUUGAAUACCCAAGAUGUCCAGUUCUUCUUCUCUUUAUGUUCUAACCCUUUCCAGAAGCCUGUUCCUUUCAUUCCUGCCAUUGACGAUACUUUCGAGUACUACUUCAAGAAGGAUUCUCUUUGGCAAAGUGAAGACCUUGGGGCUGUUGUUGGUGAGGACGUUGGACGUGUUGCUAUUCUUCAAGGACCUAUGGCCGUUAGGCAUUCUACGAAGGUUAAUGAACCUGCUAAAGAGCUCCUUGAUGGCAUCCAUGAAGCUCACAUCAAGCAUUUUGUUGAUAAUUAUUAUAAUGGAGAUGUUAACAAGGUUCCCACUGUUGAAUAUUUCGGUGGCGUGAAACCUGUUAACUUACCUCCUUCCGCCGUGGAUUCCGUUUCUGUCACAAAGAACGCUGAUGAGGAAAUUUAUGUUAUACCGGAAGCCGGAUCCCUUCCUUCUGCAAAGGCUUGGUUUGAACUCUUAGCAGGCAAAGAAGUUUCUUGGCGUAGAGCUAUCUUCACUACUCAGCGAGUUGCCCAAGGUUGGAAACUUGAACAGAAUCCUGUACGCAGAAUCCUUGCACCUCGUUAUGGCCAGCGUGUUGUUGUUAAGGGUCAUGGAAACGAUGCGGUCCUCGAAAUGUUUGAGCUCCAAUGUGGUGAGCAUGUGCUUGCUGUUCGUCUUAGUUAUAGCAAUGACACCAUCACGGUGUCUAUGUUUGAAAAUCGCAAUGCCCUUAAAAAGAAUGUAAAUCUUGACUUCUUGUUUAAGUAUGAUCCUUCUGUCGGCUAUGCGCCUGUUGCAGAAAUCAUUGAAGGCAGAAAUGACCGUAUCAAGCAUUUCUACUGGCAAUUAUGGUUCGGCGAUGAGCCAUACCCUGAAAGAGCUUCAAUCACUGACACAUUUACUGGUCCCGAAACCGUAAUCACGGCUAAUAUGAUUGAAGAUUUCUGUAGAACUGUUGGAAAUCAUAAUGAAGCUUAUACUAACAGAGCUAACAGUAAGCGUAUGGCUCCUAUGGAUUUCGCUAUUGUUGUUGGCUGGCAAGCCAUUACCAAGGCUAUUUUCCCUAAGGCAAUUGACGGUGAUCUUCUACGUCUUGUUCAUUUAUCCAACUCUUUCCGUAUGGUUGGAACUCCUUUGGUCGAGGGUGAUAAGGUCACUACCGCUGCAACAAUCACCGGUAUUGUUAACAAUGAUUCCGGUAAAACUGUCACUGUUAAGGGCGUUGUAUACCGUGACAACAAGGAAGUUAUUGAGGUCAUUAGUCGCUUCUUAUAUCGUGGUAACUUCACCGACUUUGAGAAUACCUUCGAACAUACUCAAGAGACACCUAUGCAACUCACUUUGGCUACUCCUAAGGAUGUUGCUGUACUACAAUCUAAGAGCUGGUUCCAAUUAUUGGAUCCCAGCCAAGAUUUGUCUGGUUCUGUACUCACUUUCCGUCUUAACUCCUACGUUCGUUUUAAGAAUCAAUCUGUUAAGAGCUCUGUACAAACUAAAGGUAUCGUAUUAUCUGAAUUGCCUUCUAAGGCUAUUAUCCAGAUUGCUUCCGUUGAUUUCCAAUCUGUUGAUUGCCAUGGCAAUCCAGUUAUAGAUUUCCUUAACCGAAAUGCAAAACCCAUUGAGCAACCCCUGGAAUUUGAAAGUGGUGGCUACAGCGUCAUACAAACAACUGAUGAAGGUUACUCACCUGUUUUUGUUACCCCUCCUACUAACUCUCCCUAUGCUGAAGUUUCCGGUGAUUAUAAUCCUAUCCACGUUUCUCCUAUUUUCGCUGCCUUUGUCGAGCUCCCUGGUACUUAUGGAAUUACACAUGGUAUGUACAGCUCCGCAGCUACUCGUAAGUUUGUUGAAACUUUCGCCGCAGAGAACGUUCCUGAGAGAGUUAAGCAUUAUGAGGUUACUUUCGUUAAUAUGGUCCUUCCCAACUCUGAGCUUAUUACUAAGCUUUCUCAUACCGGUAUGAUUAAUGGUCGUAAAAUCAUUAAGGUUGAAGUUUUGAACAAGGAAACAGAAGAAGCUGUUCUUGUUGGUACUGCUGAGGUGGAGCAACCAGUGUCUGCCUAUAUAUUCACAGGCCAGGGCUCUCAAGAACAAGGAAUGGGUAUGGACUUGUAUGCUACAAGCCCAGUUGCCAAGAAAAUCUGGGAUAGCGCUGACAAGCAUUUCUUGUCUCACUACGGAUUCUCUAUCAUUGACAUUGUUAAGAACAACCCUAAGGGUAUUACAAUCCACUUUGGCGGUACUAAGGGUAAACAAAUCCGUAGUAAUUACAUGGCUAUGGCUUACGAAAAAAUUAAUGAUGAUGGCUCUACUUCCGUUGUUCCUGUAUUUAACACCAUUACUGAGGAGUCUACUUCCUUUACAUUCACACAUCCUUCCGGAUUGUUGUCGGCUACUCAAUUCACUCAACCUGCUUUGACCUUAAUGGAGAAGGCCGCCUUCGAGGACAUGCGUGCUAAGGGAUUAGCUCAACAGGAUUGUGCUUUUGCCGGUCACUCUCUUGGUGAGUAUUCUGCGUUGUCCGCAAUGGCUGAUGUUCUUUCUAUUGAAGCCUUGGUUGACUUGGUGUUCCUUCGUGGCUUGACUAUGCAAAACGCAGUCCGUCGUGAUGAAUUAGGACGCUCUGAAUAUGGUAUGGUUGCUGCCAAUCCUUCUCGUGUUUCCCCAACAUUUACUGAUGCUGCAUUGCGUUUCAUCGUUGAUCAUAUUGGUCAGCAAACUAACUUAUUGCUUGAAAUUGUUAACUACAAUGUUGAGAACCAACAAUACGUUGUUAGUGGAAACCUUAUGAGCUUGUGUACCUUAGGCCAUGUCUUAAACUUCCUAAAGGUUCAGAAGAUUGACUUCCAAAAAUUGAUUGAAACUCUUACAAUGGAUCAAUUGAAAGAGCAAUUAUCAGAGAUUGUUGAGGGUUGUCAUGAGAAGACUUUGAAGCAGAAGGAAGAACAAGGCCAUCUAGAGUUAGAACGUGGAUUUGCUACUAUUCCUCUUAAGAUUGAUGUUCCUUUCCACUCUUCCUUCUUACGUGGAGGUGUACGUAUGUUCCGUGAAUACUUGCUUAGGAAGAUUUCACCUCAUCAAAUUAAUGUUGCCAAGUUACGCGGAAAGUACAUUCCCAACUUAACUGCUAAGCCAUUUGAAAUCAGCAAAGAGUACUUCCAGAAUGUUUAUGAAUUAACGGGAUCCCAACGCAUUAAGAAGAUUCUUCAAAACUGGGAUCAAUACAAUUCAUAGAGAUGUUUUGUAAUCUUUUGCUACUUAUGGCAGGAGUGGUUUAAAAAGUACUUAAUUUACUCACUUAUUUUGAUAUAUAGUCUUCGUUUAAUAAGGAGUGUAUUGUUAUCUCUAACAAUGCGCUUAGAUUUACUUUUUUCAUUUAUGGUACUUAAGUAAAAUUGGUUAUCUCCAGUCUCUACGUGAAGCGGUGGUUUAUGAUUUACUUGAAUAAGAUAAUUUUAAUAGAAGAAUUGAAGUUGUGUGGUAUUGCAGCUUAAUUUCAAUCAUAUAUUUGUCC